AUUAUUAUCGCGCGCGCACACACACUCACAGACCCGCCGCUGGAGCCCCGUGCCCGUCCCGCAACUUUUGUGUCCGCUCCGGUGAUGCGCUCGGCCGGUCACUGAUGGCGGAGGACAGUGAGUGGGUCCCGGAGAGCAUCGCGGGGUUUCUGGGCAGCCCGGACUGGCUGAUCCCGCUGGCGGAGUUCAUGGAGAGCCGCUGCUCAGUGUUUGAUGACGAGGACGAGAAUAAACUGACCUACACGGAGAUCCAUCAGCAGUACAAGCAGCUGGUGGAGCGUCUGCUGGAGAACUACAUGCAGGAUGUGGGCAUCAGCGAGCAGCAGUUUCUGGAGGCCUGCUCCUCCUUCAGCAGCUCUGCAUCUCUGCAGGCGCUGCACGUCAUCAAGCAGAGGAACGGCGGGCUGCCGGAGUGUUUGACAGACGGUGUGGAUGUGAUGUCUGAACUGGAGCAGCAGGAAAUGAAGAUUCUUCAGGAGGUUCUCAGGAGGUCUAAGGAGGAGUAUGAUCUGCAGAUGGGUCAGUGUGGGCUGGGCAGUGAGGAUCUUGCCUCCACCUCCAGCAGUGUGUCUGAGACUCCACAGAACCCUGAGCAGCGGCUGAGCAACGGGGUGAGUGACCCACUGACACUGACCCAGCCUGACUCUGAGAUGGAGGAGUCCAGCACAGCCACACAGAGGAAGAGGGAGGAGAGCGAGCCCACGGCCACCGCAGCCUGUAAGAGUAAAGCUCUCCCGGCGGUCAGGGCUCCGCUCAGGGGUUCAGUGUGUGUGAAGCAGAGCAGUGCAGAGAGAGAGAGAGAGCUGGAGCGAGUGAGAGACACACACACAGACUGCAGAACACUGACCGAUGAGGUGGCGUUACAGCAGCGCUCCGAGUAUCUGAAGCAGCAGAGAGAUAAACUGCAGGCGCUGAAGAGACAGACGGGGAAGGGGCUCACGGACACGGCAGCGGCGGCGGCCCCCGAGCCCAAACCAGCCACACAGGAGAUCUCUGUGGAGGAGAAGAAGAAGCUGCAGAAGAGGAAGCACGUGGCGGAGAAGCUGAAGGAGGAGGUGAUCAAGAAGUGAGGCGUCGGGCUCGGUCAGGAACAGCAGCAGUUUUAUAUCUCUUUAUUUAUAUUUUUGUAUGUGUGUGUAGUUUCUGAUCUCUCCAUUAAUGAGCUGCUAUUGUGCAUCACUGACUGUAUCUCACACACACACACACACACACACACCUGCACUGAUGUUCACUGACAUCCCCCAAUAAACCAUCACCUGUAGAGCUCAGAGA